UUCUUGCCUUUUUUUUUAGCGAGUUGGCCGCCUGGCCUCUUGGUUCGGGCUUCCAGCCGACCUAACGGCGAUUUUCUGCUUAUCGUGGGUAGCUAAAGGAUUGUUUUCAGUGCUUGGCUUCAGGUUAUUGCUUGGUAUUACGAGGGAGGGAUGGUGCUAAACUGCGGGCUGCUGAUUCUCACUUUGGUCAUGAACAGAUAUUUUUGAUGAGGUCAGUCUGGGGGAAACGGCCUGUUUUGAAUUGCCAUCUGAAAACGGGCUUCCUGCUCUUGUUCUGUUAGCUCUUUGGCUUUAUUCCUGCAGCUGGGUUUGUGCUGGAAGAGUCCAAGUCUAUGGGGACACUCUAGUCUUAGCCAAAAGGCUGGACAGCAGGGUUGGGCAUUUGUGCCCUAUUUAGUACAGGAGGAGCCGAUACCAUCGUUCUUUUCAUUGUUCUACUUGGAUAAGUGUCCUCUCUAACCGUUUUUACACAUAUUUGAAAAUUUUCUCCAAACUGUAUUUGUCACAGUUCUGUCGGAUGCAGUCAUAUGACCUCAGAAGGAUGUGAUCUUCAUGGUGAGCUGGUGGGAGGAUUGAGUUGUAAAUCACCCCAAUGGAUGCGGACAGUGAUGUUGCAUUGGACAUUUUAAUCACAAAUGUAGUGUGUGUUUUUAGAACAAGAUGUCAUUUAAACUUGAGGAAGAUUGCAUUAGAGGGAGCAAAUGUGAUAUACAAGCGUGAUGUUGGGAAAGUAUUAAUGAAGCUUAGGAAACCUAGGAUUACGGCCACAAUUUGGUCCUCAGGAAAAGUUAUUUGCACAGGAGCCACAAGUGAAGAAGAAGCUAAAUUUGGUGCCAGACGAUUAGCUCGUAGUCUACAGAAACUAGGUUUUCAGGUAAUUUUCACAGAUUUUAAAGUUGUGAAUGUUUUAGCAGUGUGCAACAUGCCCUUUGAGAUAAGAUUGCCAGAAUUUACGAAGAAUAACAGACCUCAUGCGAGUUACGAACCAGAACUUCAUCCUGCCGUGUGCUACAGAAUAAAAACUCUCAGAGCUACCUUACAAAUUUUUUCAACAGGCAGUAUCACAGUUACAGGGCCAAACGUAAAGGCUGUUGCCAGUGCUGUGGAGCAGAUUUACCCAUUCGUGUUUGAAAGCAGGAAAUAAAUUUUAUUAUUCACCACUUGAUGGUUAGGUUUCCUAACCAAGCACCUUUAAAGACUGCUGCACAUUGGACUAAAAGCAAAAAGGAAAACUGGACCAACUAUAGCAGAGGAAUACAGACUCUUUUACUUGUUCAUGGCCACAGUAUAAACUCCAGUCCUUUUGGAUUUUACUCUUAACAGUGCUGUAUUGUAAAAACAGAAGUUUACAAGAUAUGAAAUUGCUGCUUUUAAAAAGACAUUCUAUUUAUUUUUGCAGUAAUUUCUGUGUAUUCAUAAGCAAAGCUGUCACGAUGUGCACUACCUUAAAAACAUUUUUUUUUUUUAGUUUGAGCUUGUGUUUUAUUUGUGAAUAGUCUUUUACAUUUUUGUAUGCUGAAUAUUGGGCACCAAAGAAGCUGUAAAAGUUAUCUUUUUCACCUGAUGAAUGUGCACAAAUAAAAGUUUGGAAAA